AUGGCGGAAUCGAAAAAGGCAGAGCUUGUGUUGAUUCCAUCAGCAGAGGUAAGCCAUUUGGUGCCAUUUGUAGAGUUAGCAAAUCUCCUCAUCACUCAAACCAAUGAUCUCUCCAUCACUAUCCUAAUCAUGGCCCUCCCCUCUGACACAAAAAUCCUUAGCUACAAGAAAUCCUUGGAAGAAUCCUCGGAUCCUCGGAUCAAGUUUGUUGAUCUAAAACCAGAACUGACCGACCCUUCAAAAACACCAGCAGCCGGAGUCCAGUUUUUGUUCCAGUUUGUUGACAGCCAUAAGCCUCAUGACAAAAACUAA